AAUUGUGCUAUUUUGAAUAGGUAUCAGAAUCACGUCAGUUGUUUGAAAGUAUAUAAUUUUUAUCUGGUUGUGCAAUUCCUAGAAUUAAAAGCAAUACAUAGCAAUGGAUAGAAAAAUGAAGGAAAUAGUAAAAACCGCGGACGCCGUUACCAAAGAGUUCGUCUUAGUAUAUUAUAAUAACAUGGACAAUAACCGUGACAAAAUCGGUGACAUGUUUGCCCGGGACUCUAUGUAUGUGUUUGAUGGAAACAGGACAACUGGACUGGCAUCCAUCCAAAAGUAUAUUUUUGACUUGCCAACAACUUCUCAUGUCAUAUGCAAUAUCAAUCCCCAGCCGGUUUUUGGUCCAAAUGAUGAAGUUUCGACUAUUAUUGUAAAUACUGCCGGUUAUGUGAAGCAUGAUGGAAAAAAGCCGAAGGAUUUUACUGAGUCAUUUGUGUUAUCUUAUGUUGAUGAUCAGUGGAAAAUACGUUCCAGUGUAGUCCGUUUAUUGCAAUAGACAGCAGAGCAGUGUAUUAAAUUCUUGCCGCAUUGUUGCUUAAACGCGUUACAAUAAUAAAA